AUGGCGAAAGCCGCAGAGGAACCCAAAAAUUCCAAGCGGAACCUCCUCGAUGAUAGCGACUCCGAAUCAGAAGAUGGAGGGGCUGCCAUUACUGCGCCUGACUUCAAGGUCAACGAGGACUUUGCGCGUCGCUUCGAACACAACAAGAAGCGAGAAGAGCGACAAAGGUUGGAGGAGAAGUUCAAGAAGACCGGAAAACGGCCUGAGGACGAAGACGGCGAGUCUUCCUCAUCCGACGAAGAGGAAGACGAGGAUGGUUUUCUCGCUACCGAGGAUCUCGAUGCUCAAAUCUCUGCAACUCUCCAAGCUAUCCGCAACAAGGACCCUAAAGUCUACGACAAAGAUGUCACAUUCUACAAACCCGACGACCCUUCCGCGACAGUGGCCGACAAGGACAAGAAGGAGAAGCCAGUAUACUUGAAGGAUUACCACCGAGAGAAGUACUUGCGGGGCGAUACGGGUGCCGACGAUGCAGAUGACGACGGAGAUGUUCCCAUGACCUACAACCAAGAACAAGACGCUCUCAAGAAGUCCAUCGUGGCUGAAAUGCAUGCCGCCGCCGAGGACGACUCCGAUGACGAGGAUGGUGGCUUUAUGAAGCGAAAAGCAUCCGUAAAGGUGGACUCGAACGGUGUCCAUCCCUCUCGAAAGGCGGCACUGACUGUCACCGAAGUCGAUGUUGCCAACGCCGAUAAGAACCCCGAGACUUUCUUGUCAAAUUUCAUGAGUGCACGCGCGUGGGUCCCGCCAGAUGGUUCCAACUGGAAAGCAUUCGAGUCAGACGAAGGAGAGGAUGAUGAUGACCGCGCCGAUCAAUUUGAACAGGCAUAUAACCUGCGAUUCGAGGACCCAGAGCGAAGCAACGAAUUCCUACGAUCUUAUGCUCGAGAUGUUGCCGCAGCCAAGUCAGUCAGGCGAGAGGAGAAGACUGGACGUAAGCGUCAGCGUGAGCUUGAACGCGAGCGCAAAGAGGCUGAGAAAAAGGAGAGGCGAGAAGAGAAGGCUCGUCUGAAGAAGCUCAAGCUUGAUGAGGCUCAGGAGAAGUUGCGCAAGAUCAAGCGCACAGCUGGCAACGCAGGCAAGGAUCUUACUGACGAGGACUGGAUCAAGUUCCUCGACGAUGCAUGGGAGGACGACAAAUGGGAAGACGAGAUGAAGAAGCGAUUCGGUGAUGAUUACUAUGCUCAAAAGGACGAUGCCCCUGUAUCGGAUCAAGAGGGAGAGGAUACGGGAAAGAAGUCAAAGCCCAAGAAGCCGAAGUGGGAUGACGAUAUCGACAUUAAGGACAUCAUUCCGGACUUCGAGGAUGAGGAAGUGAAGCCAAGCGUCGCCCUGAGCGAUAUCGAGGAAGAUGCCGCCGAAGAGGAUGAAGACGAGGAGGACGAAGAAGGCCGACCUUCCAAGAAGCGCAAGACAGAUCACAAGAAGGCUCGCAAAGAGUCCCAGAAGCAGGCUCGUCAGGAGCGUGCCAAGAUCGAGGCUCUCGUUGACUCCAAACUUGAACUCUCUGACCAUGCUCUUCUCAAGAAGCCCUCCCACGCACCCUUCCGCUAUCGCGAAACCUCUCCUCAAUCCUUUGGCAUGACUGCCCGGGAUAUCCUACUGGCUCCUUCUGACGCUGCACUCAACGAUUACGCUGGUCUCAAGAAGCUUGCCACUUUCCGCGAUCAAGAAAAGAAGCGCAAAGACAAAAAGCGUCUUGGAAAGAAGGCCCGUCUAAGACAAUGGCGUCGCGACAUCUUUGGCAGGGAAUUCGAGCGCGAGGGCCCUACGUAUGGCUUCGAGCGUUUGGCCACUGCCGACGAUGAGGCUAGCGGUGCUGUCAUCCAGCCUAAGGGUGAUAGACAGAGAAAGGAGAAGAAGGAUAAUGGGCAGGAAGAGGACAACGUCGUUGGUGAUGUGGGCGAGAGAAAGAAGAAGCGAAAGAGGUCCAAGGGCAAGAAGAAUGCUUCAGCCGCUGUGGCAGCGGAAGAGUAG